AUGAUUUCCUCUGUACGGGGGUGGCUCCGCCGGAACCGCACGCCCAUUGCCAUUGGCGCGGGCAUCGUCGGCGCCGGGUACGUGGUCAGCCAGUACGUCAUGUCCAAGAUUUCCGACGCGCGCGAGCGCAUGACGAGCGAGCGCAUCUCGAAAGAAAAACAAAACAGCCUGCGUCGGCGCUUCGAGCAGAACCAGGAAGACUGCACCUUUACCGUGCUCGCCCUCCUCCCGACCGCCACCGCCAAUGUCCUCGCCGCGAUGAACACGGAGCAAAUCACCUACGAGAUUCAGCAGGCCAAGACGGCCAAGGCCGUCCGCGCCAACCCGGCUGCCGACGCCGCCCCGACGCCGCCCAGCAUCGCCGACACGGCCCUCACCGAGGACGACGCAAGCGCCAGCAAGAGCUCCGUCGUCAGCGAGAGCGGCGUCCACGCCAGCCAGGCGAGCCUGCCCCCGCUGACCUCUGUGCCCGAAGAGCGCGCCUCUGUGCCUGAAGAGCACGCCUCCGCGCAGCAGGAGAGUGCGCCGUCCACCAAGCCGCGCCGCUCCAAGCGCCAGCUCUGGGACGACUUGAUUAUCAGCUCCGUGACGCGCUCCUUUACUCUCAUCUACACCCUCGCCCUGCUCACCAUGCUCACCCGCGUGCAGCUCAACCUCCUCGGCCGCCGGAGCUACCUCUCGAGCGUCGUCGCGCUCGCCACCGGCACGCAGUCGGCCACCAUUAGCCUCGAGAACAACGACGACGACAACACGGACCAGGCCUACGGCAGCGAUUUCGACACGAACCGCAAGUACCUCACCUUUAGCUGGUGGCUCCUCAACAAGGGCUGGGUCGACAUCAUGACGACGGUCGACGGCGCGGUCCGCGCCGUCUUUGGCACGCUCCAGCCCCGCGACCUCGUCAGCUUUGACCGCCUCGCCGACCUGGUCCUCGAGGUCCGCCGGAAGGUCGAGGGCGGUACGCCCGAGGAGCGCCGCGGCGCGCGCUGGCUGCCGUACCUGCUCCCGCCGCAGGACCAGGAGGACGAGGUCAUUCGGCAGUCGGGCAUCCUCGAGGACAACAGCGGCGUGCCGCUGCCCGCGCACGCGGCGCCAGAAUCCCUACGCCGGCUCCUCGACGAGACGGCCGACCUCGUCGAGUCGCCCGCCUUCUGCCACGUGCUGACGCUGCUCCUCGACGCGGGCUUUUCCACGCUCGUGGACAAGAAGCUGGCCGCGGAAGCGUUUGAGCUGCCCGUCGACGAGAGCGGCUUCAUGGCGCCCGUCAUCACGGAGAGCAAGCAGACCAAGGUGGUGCUGCUGCCCAAGAUCCUGUCCGUGCUGACGCGCCAGGCGCACGUCAUUGGCCACGGCGUGCCCAACACCUACCUCCAGGACAUGGAGGCCGUCGGCGCCCUCGAGGCCUUUGCCGCCGUCGUCUACUCGAGCAACUGGGAGAGCGAGAUGCGCGGCGCCGAGGGCAUGCCGGCCGAGACGAGCGGCAGCAGCAGCAGCACCCCCGUGCCGGCCACCAAGCCCGCACCGGGGGAGAAGCAGACGCUGGCCAACACCACGCAAGUAGACCGGAGCAUCGUCAUGGUGGAUAAUCAGGGGAGCUUUGAGAGUGCCUGGGAAAAGGCCGUCGAGGCAAAGUAA